AUGUCAUUGUAUACAGGGAAUGAUCUAGGGGGAGUCCCUGGUCUCUUGCCCAAGCCAUACUAUUGGUGGGAAGCGGGCGCUCUGAUGGGUUCGUUGGUAGACUACUGGUACUACACAGGCGACACACGAUGGAACGACGUUGCUGAAGAAGGAUUGCUUUUCCAAGUCGGGCCGAACAACGAUUACAUGCCGCCGAAUCAGACCAUGACCGAGGGAAAUGAUGACCAGGGGUUUUGGGGCAUGGCGGCACUGACAGCAGCAGAAAACAACUUCCAAAACCCGCCGCCGGGGAAACCUCAAUGGUUGGCCCUCGCUCAAGCCGUCUUCAACACGCAAGCUGCCCGUUGGGAGAACCAGGACUGUGGCGGCGGCCUGCGAUGGCAGAUCUUCCCCUGGAACAACGGAUACAAUUACAAGAAUUCCAUCUCCCAAGCCUGCUUCUUCAACAUUGCCGCACGCCUCGCUCGGUACACCGGGAACCAGUCGUACGCGGACUGGGCCGAUCGGACCUGGGAUUGGAUGGCUGCCACGCAGCUUCUGGAUUCAAGAACAUACUCCAUCUACGACGGUAUGCACGUCGAGGACUGUUCCGUGAUCACUCCCUACCAAUGGACCUACAACGCUGGAGCCUUCCUGUUAGGAGCUGCCGCUAUGCACAACUACAGCACCAGCCCUGCCCAAGCCGAGACCUGGCGCAAGCGGAUCGAUGGCCUUCUCAACGGCACCCAGGUAUUUUUCACAGGAAAUGACAAGAGCAUCAUGACCGAGGUGGCCUGCGAGCCCGUUGAUCUAUGCGAUCUCGACCAGCAGAGCUUCAAGGCCUACCUCUCCCGUUGGAUGGCGGCGACCACCAAGUGGGCGCCCUGGACAUACGACCGCAUAAAGCCCCUACUGGAGUCGUCGGCCAUCGCGGCUGUCUCGACUUGCACCGGCGGUGGCAACGGGCGCAUGUGCGGUCUGAAGUGGGACACAGGGAAAUGGGACAACAGCACGGGCGUCGGCCAGCAAAUGGCGGCCAUGGAAGUCGUCCUAGCUAACACGAUUCAGCACUCCCCGUCACCGGUGACGGACUGGGACGGCGGGACGAGUGUGGGCGACCCCGGCGCGGGUGGCGCCGAUGUCGGGCGGAAGAACCGGGCAUUUCCGCCCGUUUCAACCGCCGAGAGGGCUGGAGCAGAAACGCCACCCCGUGUGGGGAGCAGGAGUAGGGCCGCAGGUCGGUGUGUGCAAGGUAGCUCGAUACGCACCUACAAGUUAAUGGCGGGGUUGGAUAAGUACCGAAGCCGUUUCGCAUCAUGCGGGACCACUCAUUCCACUCUCCUCCUGGGAAAGUGGCUGCUUAUGACCAACGAAGCCGAGAAUAUCAAGACAAUCCUCGGCACCAAGAUGGAAGAUUGGCCCAUCGACGGACCUCGACUCCUCUCUACACUUCCAGUCCUCGGCCCGGAUAGCAUCUUCACUAGCAACGGCGAACCGUGGCAUAAGGCACGGUCUAUGCUAAAGCCUUCGUUUGUUCGGGAUCAGGUCGCCGACCUCCAUUGCUUCGAUCGGCAUAUUAGGAACAUGCUGGCUGCAAUCUCCGCUGAGGGUACCACUUUCGACAUUCAGAGCCUUCUAUUUGACAUGACCAUGGACUCAUCCACGGAUUUCCUGCUCGGUUACUCGACCAACCUACUGACUAAGGCUUCGCCAGAGGCCCAGAAGUUUGUCCGGGAUUUCGAAUACGCGGGCCGGGAGAGCGCUAAGAAGGCCCGUCUCGGACCCAUUCUGUACCACCUGCCGCACCGAAAACUUCGAAAAGCGGUUCGGGGAUUGCGGGAGUACGUCCGGUUCUACCUAGAAAGAGCAAUUGCCGAGAAAGAGGGAGAGGGAGGCCAGGUGAGAGACCGAAGUUAUGUCUUUCUCGACGAACUUCUCAAGGCCGAGCCCCCCGAGGACUACACGGUUGACCAAAUUCUUUCCAUCCUCAUUGCCGGACGGGAUACCACCGCGACCGCCAUGUCAUCCGUGUUUUACUUCUUGGCACGAAAUCCUCGCGUAGUAGAGAAACUGAGGAUGGAAAUAGGGAGUGUGGGCGAGGAGACGCCAACAUGGGAGCAACUCAAGCACAUGAAGUACCUAAACAACGUGAUCAAAGAGGCGCUACGUCUCUUCAGCCCCGUAGCAACGAACUCUAGGACGGCAAACAAGGAGACCAUCUUACCACGGGGCGGUGGUAAAGACGGCAGCCAACCGAUACUUAUUGCGAAAGGUACUCCGGUGCGGUGGUCAAGUCACGGACUGCACCGGAACAAGGACGUGUUCGGGCCAGAUGCUGACGAGUUCCGCCCGGAGCGAUGGGAGUCCGAUCUUCGCGCCAGGUACAGAUCCCCUCCCCCUCCGUCCUACAUCCCGUUUAGUGGUGGGCCGCGGAUCUGUCUUGGCCAGCAAUUCGCCCUUACUCAGAUUGCCUACACCCUGUUCAGGUUCUUUAGGACUUUUCGCGCGAUCGAGGCUCGAGACUCUGGGCCGUACCUGCUGCAAACCAACCUUACCAUUUCAUUCCCUUAUGGUUGUUUGGUAAGAAAGCACCAAACUUUCUAA